UUAGAUCCGCAACAAAGAGUUCAAGAGACGUUUUAAUCCAUCAACCUGAACUCGCACAGUUGUAUCAUUUGAGAAAUCCCCAUUUGCCACCUUACCGCUUGGGUUUUAUUAACCCUUAAAGCUAUGAUCGAUUAAAAAUAUUGUUGCCAGGUCUGUGGAGAUUCACAUUUCAAAAUUUCCUUUGUGACUUUCAGUCAACAUUAAUAGAAGUUUCAUCAACCUGAAUUCGAACAGGUCGGCUAGUUUAGAAACCCCCAUUUGAAGCUAUGAUCACAUAAAAACGACAUUGCCAAGCUUGUGGUUCUCCACAAUUCGAAACUUAAUUUGUUUCAGUUAUCAGUCAUGGAAGAUGAGGUUGCGGCAAUGGACACACAUUCCUUCGAAACUGGCGAUGGGAAUGGUGGCGAUGUUAUAUUACGGUUAAUUUGCUCUGACGGUGUUGAAUAUGAGGGUAAUCCUCUGCAUCUACAUUCUCAUGUUUUGAACAAAUCUAAGUUUUUUCAGGCGAGGCUCUCCGAGCGGUGGUCUUUACAUAGUUCGUCUCCUGAAAUCAAGUUAGCUGUCCUUCCCAAUAGGGUUGCUGAGAAUUACAUAAAGUGUAUUCGCCUCAUGUAUUCAUCUUACAAGGGAACAUGCCUUUACUUCUCUGGCGUAGAUGAAGCCCUAGAUAUUUUUCCCGUUGCUUCUGAAUUACUUUUUGAAGAAGGCAUUCAGGCAUGCAUGCAUUAUUUGGAAGCAGUUCCAUGGACUCCCAAACAAUCACACAAAAUCAAUUCUCUGCUAUCAUCUUCUCAGGUAAGUGUUUCUUCGGAUUUAUCUGCGAGAUUUGGAAUCCCCAACUCUUUGUUUAAUAAAGAGUUAGAGCUCUUAAGAAAGAAAUUGCCAGAAAUGUUCUCUAUCAUGUGGGGAAAUAAAUCCCAUAAGAUACCUCAGAGCAGUAUGCGGCUAACGAUCGUGCAGUACCUGAUUGAAAAUUUUCAAGACAAUAAAUAUCCCGCUAUGCAAGAGGUAUGUAGAGAUACAAUUAUAAAUGAAUUUAAUCUCAAAGUUGAGAGUGUUAAGAAUAGUCGUGAGUCUACUCAGAGAAGGGAAUCGGAUUGUGAGAAUCUAAUUUGGCUAUUAGAUGUUAUUAAAAUUUGCAAUAGUGGAAUCUUUGAAACCACAUUUAAAAUUUUGGUUGAACAUUCACAACUUCCUGACAUAUUACUUAACGAAAGAUACCAAAGUUCAUUCUCAAAUUUUCUGCUACAAAUUUUAGUGGACAGGUACAUGAAGGGUUUGGCGAACGGGGAUAUAAUUAUUCCUAGGUCUUUCCGAAUUUCUUUUCUGAGAAUGUGGGUGCCAGUUAUGGCAUAUCAUAUUUGUAACAUGUCUAGUUUUUACUCUCCAUUCUGUGGUGCGUUUCUGACAUACUCUGAAAGCUUUGUUGGGGGUGUUACUAAAAUGGUAGGAACCCUUCCUCUUGAUGACCAGAAAGCACUAUUUAUGUCUUGGAAAAGCUCUAUGGAGAGAUUUGGAAACCAGGAGAAGCAAGUUUUUCAGUGGUGGAUUGAUGCAAUAUGGUUAGCAGUGACAAAUGUAAAUAAAGUAGUCUCAGGACUGAGUGAUGGCGAAUGAAGAAUUAAAUGUGGACUCUAAAUUUUGGUAUUUUGUUUCUAGCUAGAUUCUUACAGGGCUGAUUAAUGGAAUACGUUACCACUGGAGGACUUGCGAAUAGAAAUUUGAUAAAAGAUACUUGGAGAAGCAUAUUAUCCAUGCAAAAUCUUUAAGGAAUUUUGGGACUCGGUUGUCAUAUUCUCGUGUAGACAGCAGGCAAUGAUUAGAAACAUUAAACAAUACAUGUACAUAAAUAUAUAUAUUUUCAAUACAUAA